AUGAAGAAGGUAGGAGGCUCCAAUGAAGUCUUUGGAACACCAGUUGUGAAUAACAGUUUCUAUAAAGUGAAGCUGAAAGUUCCUGAAGACUUACAGCAGAUGUGCGUAAAGGAAUCGGCUCAUAAACACUUUUCAAAGGCAGUGGAAGCCUUUUUGGUGUCUUAUGACUCAGAGAAUGCCCAGCUGGUCAUCUUGUCUGACAAUGAAGUUACCAUUAAGAGGGUGAACAUGUUGGGUAACAUCCAUUUCCGAAGUCUUCAGACAAAAUUGUCUGUGAUAUCGAGAAUCAAAGAAGCCAGAAAGAAUCUGGAAAGCUUAUGUCUGUCAGUGUCUAGAUUCCAUGUGCAGUUUGAUGUACAAAAAGACUUGAUGCGCUCAGUAAUCGGCACUCGUGGCACAAAUAUACAACAAGCAAGGAGAAUCCCUGGGGUGACUGCUGUUAUUUUUGAUAAAGAUACAUGUACGUGUCAUGUGUAUGGUGAGAACCAAGAUGCUGUGAAGAAGGCAAGAAGUUACCUGGAGUUGGCUGAGGUGGUAAUGUGGGUUCCCCGAAACUUGGUGGGAAAAGUCAUUGGGAAGAAAGGAAGGCACAUUCAGAAGGUUGUCGACCAGUCAGCGGUUGUUAGAGUGAGAGUUGAGAGUAAUAAGAAGAGCUCCCAAGACGAGGGAAUGGUCCCCUUUGUAUUCCUGGGCACAAAGGACAGUGUUACUAAAGCAACCAUUCUACUGGACUACCACCUCAAAAGGUUGAAGAAAGUGAACCAACUUCAGCUAACUAGACCAAAGAGAAGGACAGGUGCAUGGUCGUGUGUGCACUGUCUUUUGAAGACAAGUGCUCAUCCCCGGUGUUGUUCACACCAGUUGCCUGCAUCAAUCAGGCUCCUUUUCUCUCAGCUUGAUGACAGAAGAGUAAAGAAGGUUGAGAAACACUGGACAGUAGUAUGCUUUAAAACAAACUUUUUAGUUUACCAUGGCUGUCCUGGUAAUCACAUGCCCAGAAACAAUGAUGUGUCAGUUAUCACUGUGCAGAUGCUGGGGAGCACAUAA